AAAUGGCUUCUAGUCCUCCACCACCAAUAGAAACUUCACCAACAAAAAAUCUUUAUUUUAACCCUUAUUCUGGCGGCAUCCAUACAAUUUUAUUUACAAUCAAAAAUACCGGGCCUAGUCCCAUAGAUUUUCGCAUAUCUUCAUCGACGACAACAAUUACAUUUGCUCCAAAAGAAGGGACAAUUAGUGGAAAAAACGAGACCAGGAUCGAAGUCACCACAAAUACAAAUUUUGCUGCCCGUAGUCCAGAAAUGUUUACCAUUGAUUGGAUAAAUUCUUUCAACUUGAACAAAAAAAACAAUUUCACAACUUCUCAGUUUCGUGGAACGAAGAAUAUCAACAUUAUAUUCAAUGCGGAGAACAAGUUUUAUUGCAACGGACCGUUCAAUCAAAAACAGACUUUAUACCAGUAUUCGCAACCCUCUGCCUUACAAUGUUGUUAUGAGAGUAUUAAGUACAGAUCCUGAGAGGAUACAUAUCUGGCCUUCCAAUUCAAUAAUUCCUGGGGGUGGUGCUAUGGACAUCGCAAUAAAUUUUGAGCCAAUAUCAAUUUUUAGGAAGGAGCGAAUUCUAGUUAAAAUCAUAAAUCUGCCCCAAAUUUCCUUGAGCUUCAAAUUUCUCAAAUGUUUGUGGAUGCGCCGUUUUAUUUGAUCAUAAAUUAUCCAAUCGUCUUCAAUCGU